GGAUAGGUUUCCACAAAAUUUCAUCGUUGAGAAAUAAAUAUCUUGUCUAAAAAAAAAUUACAACUAAAUUUCCAGUGAAGUUCACGUAGCAUAUCAGUGAGGGUCUGAGGGAGACAGUCUGGUACCCGCCGCCACUCCUGCAGCAGCGAUGAGUGACAUCGAUUGUGGAGAUUGUGACUGUGGCGACAGCGCGGAUUGUGAUGACUGUGGCGACUGUGAUUGCGACUGUUGUGAUGGUGGCCAUUUCUGCUGCUGGUUCUGCGUGAGCGACACGGGAGAUAUAAUUGAUGAUGAUCGGAGAAACAAGAAGAAGAAAGUAGAGAAAGAAACUGACCAAGAGGAGGUGGUCACCAGCCAGCCAGGGGCCACACCUUUGUCAAACACCGACGGUGAUUCUUCUUGAGGAACGCCACGCCUUGAUCCUCAUCUGUCCCAUGUCAAGUUUUCUUUGUUAUUUUUCUAGCGUCUCACCUCCAGAACCUUCGGUCAAACAAUAAUGGAGAUAAUCAUAUGUGUUUGUAUUCGUAACAUAAUAUGAGUGAAGAAAUUAUCUGACAGCUUUCAUUGUAUUAUUAAAUUGUAUUUUUCUAUUGUCAUAUUGCAUGUUAUUCAUAACAGUUUAUCCAAAUCUAUCAGAUCUGAA